AUGGCUGCCAGGGUGCUGCUGCAGCGGCGCAUUGCGCCGUUAACGGCUGCCGCACUGGUAGGAGGUGUCGCUCUCUACCCCCAGAUCGCACACGCCGAACCUCCCAGCGAGCGCCAAUUCUCCCGAAAGCCCAUCUACGAGGACGAGUUCGACUACCUCUCCGUAACCAAACCCGCGCCUCCCUCAGCACCUACCGCGGCCGUUCCCCCCUCCACUCCCCCGGCACCCUCCGAAGAAACCCUCCCAGCCCCGGUGCCCGACUCCUCGUCGUCCCCCCUCUCCUCCCUCUUCGGCUCGGAACCCACCACAACCCCCACCCGCACCCGCGCCCCGACCCCAACCGACCGCCUAGCCGUCGAGAUCCGCCGCGCUCGCCUCUUCCUCUACACUCAAUCCUGCCUCGCCGAAGACUCCAUCAACAACGCCCUCUCCCACGCCUUCGCCCUCGAGCGCUCCUUCACCUCCACGCUCACCUCCCUCGCCCCGCCCCGCGAGUCCGGCGAACGCCUGAUGCCGGGCACCGUGUACGUGCUCGUAGCCGGCAUGGCGGGCAGCAUUGUGGCGCGCAACCGGAACAUCCUCUUCCGCGGGGUGGCGCCGUUGGCGUUGGGUUUGGGGGCUGCUUGGGCGGUGUUGCCGGUUACGAUGGGGAAUGUGAGCGCGUUGGCGUGGGAGUAUGAGAAGAAGGUGCCUGCGUUGGCGGAUGCGCAUUUGCGGGCGCGGGAGGGGGUAGAGCAGGGGGUGGAUAUGGCUAGGGUGCAUGCGCAGGUCGCGCAGAGGAAGGUGUAUGAGGGGGUGAGGGAUGCGAGGUUGGCGUUGGAGGGGUGGGUGCAGAAUGUGAAGAGUUGA